AUGCUCAUUAGGCUCCUACCAGCAGCUUCGCAUCCUACCGUGCUCUUUGCUAUCACAUUUCAGAAUCUUCCUGAUGAUCUAUACAAUCCCCACGCUUGGACGACCCAUCUCAGUAAUUUGAGCGUCGAUGGCCUCGAUGCUCCUGAACUUGUUCAUUGUCUCGACAAAGCGGCAUUCAUUCCGAGUAUCCUGAAGGAGGUUACCUUUGAUGUACCCAUGUUGACGAUUUCCUGUCGUUUUGCGGAUGGGUCAACCGAGGAGUGGCCUCUUAGGACUGCUGGGUGUCUUCAAGCUCUUGACAGCGUCUUGGACGAUGUAAACCAGUCGGCCGUCGUGACUGAAAGGGAGAAGGAGCGGGAGAAGGUCAAGGAGAAGGAGCACAAGGACGGACAGCAAUCGUUGAAUUCCCCACCAACGACUGUUAAAGUCCCACGACAUAAGAAACAGCGUUCCCUGCUUAUGUCUUUGGUUGCGUCUAUCGUGCAAUUACCUUCACCGUUGGCUUCCCAUACUCAUUCUAUGUCUGCUCCCAUCACUCGAGUACCAUCUCCGGUCCCAUCCAGGCCUUCACCAGAGCAAAUAAUCGUGCCAUCAGCUCCGACGCUCACUCCGAAAGCUCUGCGUCGUCGUGCUCGCUCUACGCUGGUUGACACUUUCCGCAUGUAUGUCGUGGGCGAGCUCAAACGGCGUCUUCCUUCGGGUGGAUAUUAUCCCUGGAUCGUAAGAAGCAUGCUUCGCAGGGCUUCUGACACUAUGGCAGAUCUUCUUCAACAAGCUGUGGAGGUCAACAACACAUUCGUGACUAGCCCCUUUGAAGACGAGGGAUAUUUCCCUCCGCCAUCUUUAGUUACCUCCCCAUUUUCUUCCAUUGAGGAUGACGAGGGCGACACCGAUACGGACGGGAGUUCUGUUCACACUCCUUCCACGGCUUACUUUAGUCUCCGAAGCAUGCAUCCUCGUCAUUCGCAUGCACCGGAAACUCCGACGGACUAUACAUCUGUGCCUCGGCACCUGCAAGGACUCUCAUCUGACGAAUUGUUGGAGUAUCAAAGCCUAUCAUCGCAUUGCGUCCGACUGAGACAGCUUCUCAUCUUACAAGAAGCAAAGGAGGAGCAUCACGCAAACGAAGUCCGACAGCGCGACGCUAUUUUGGAGAUUCGCAGCCGAAGGCGAGCAUGGCAAAACAAGGCCUUGGUAGCCCGUGUGGGGGACAUGAAUGUUGGUUUGGCGACUCCCUACACAAGCUCGCGAUUGGCUCAGGUGUCUUGGUCCGGUGAGGAUUAUGAAUAUAUGCCGCUGUCUCACGACAACGAUGCGGAGAAAGAAUACGUGGAGGAGUAUGAGUAUGAUGGAAAGCUCAGUUUGGGAUCGAAGAGGACGAAGGGAAGGAGCGAUGCCAAACUUUUUCCUGUCAGCGAGGAAGACGAAGAAGAGCCGUUUAAUGCGCAGGAAUACGAACUCGAACUUGGCCUAGACGGCCUGGAUGACGUUGAUGCAGCCUUGAGGGCCUGGAAGAUAGAAGAUGGAGAUGAAUAUGAGGAGGGCAUCGUUAAUUAUGCUGGAAUCGGCAAGCCGUCUAUCCACUCCAGAAUACGAGCCAACAGCUUGCGCGUAAACCGACUAGGCCUAAGGCCGAACGUCAACGUCGAAUCUCUCCCUCGUCAUUCUUCGACUCUUAGCGCGACUUCCCUGCUUUGCCAGCCGUUGAGAAUAGAGCGACCACCCGGCUACUCCAAGGUUGAUGUCACUGAUCUGGAGCUUGGAGGAUAUAAGCGGUUACUGGGAGACGAGUUUACAUUGUCUAUGGACGUCCCUCUUAGGAUGCGGGUCCAGGAGCAGGAUCUUCUGAUGAAACGGCAUAAUCCCCCUGUUCUCAAGAUGGACCCAAAUUCGGAGAGAGAUUGGCUAUCUCCUCGGUUCGCAGACGAGGGAAUCGUAUCUUAA